CAAAUAAAUCAAAUCUUUAAAAAAAAAACAAAAACAGUCAACAGGUAAAUGUAAAAUGAUCAUUUCAGGCAGAGGCUGAGGAAAAUAAAGGAGGGUUGAAGACAGAGAGUGAAGGACCAGGGACUGUUCUAGGUCAGGUGGCCAGGGAUGGCUUCUCUGACGAGGGACAUGAAGCAGAGCCCCAAAUAAACUAUGGGUGAGGCGAGCUGCGUGAAGGUCUGGAAGCAGGGAGUUCUAGGCAGAGAACAACAAGGGCAAAGGCCCUCUCGCAAGAAUGAACUUGGCAAAGAGGCCAAUGCGUCUGGCCAGAAUGAGGGAUAGAAUGAGUGAGCGAGGCAUAUUGGGGGUUGGCAAGGUAGGUGGUCAGGCGCCCCCAGGCUACACAAGGCCUUGUAGGCUGGGGAACAUAUGGCCCUGUUGAUGCCUGUUUUUCCUGCAUAACUGCUUAACUCUCACAAGGGAAGAAAGUUCUGGACUGGGGGCUACAUUACACAGCCAGCCAUUUGCAGGCCACAGAGAGGGGUUUAGAUCUUGUUCAGGGAGAGGAGGCAUUGUCGGGGGUGGGGGUGGGGGUUGCUCUGUGCACGUGACCUGCUUGUUCUCACCUGAGUGCCUCUGGGGGAGGAGUGGAGGCCGAGUGGGGCGUGAGAACAGCAGAGAGCCUUCGAGAAGGCUGCUUGCUAUGUGCUCCACAGAGCACACGGGGCUCCUGGGUGGGGAAAGGACUGCCCCUCGGAGAGACGUGGUCAGGAUCUAUUUUGAAAGCAGAGCUGCAGGAUUUCCUGAAGGGGUGGGUGUGGAGGGCGAGUGGAAGAGGAGGCACAGAUGAGUGCAGAUUUUUUUGGCCAAGGAAAGCAACAAGGGUGCAGCUGACAUCAAGUGAGGUGGGAAGCGGAUGUGGGGAGCAGGGGCGUGGCAGCAGGGGGUUGGGUAGCCACCGUCCUGCUUUAGAUGUGACAAGUCCUACUUUAGAUGUGACAAGUCGCAACGACUUCAGACAUCCAAGAGGAGAUGCUAAGGAGGCAGUUGGGUUUACCGGGCAGGAGUUGAAGGGGCAGUUCCAGGCUGCAUCAGAGAAGGGAUGGCAAUUAAGGUCAAGCCCCCUCAUGAGGAAGGAUAGUAUUAAUCUGGCAUCUGGAAAGGAUAGUCACUCCCGGCCCCUGAAGGCGGCGGGGGUGGGGGUCAAUUCCACCAGGGCCAACGGUCACCAGCUCAGCAUGCUGCUGAGUGGGCCCUUCUUCACUGGGCAGAGAGUGUAGGGUAGAUGGGGGGUGGGCAGGAGGCUGAGCCCCAGCCCAGGGCCACCAGCAUUUGGAGUGGAGUAGGGUAAAAACCCUUGAGCAUCCUGAAGCCGGGUGAAGACAGCAUGAUUCAGAAAGCGGGCCUGUUGUUAGGCAUGUAACACUGAUCGGCUCCCAGAGUCCUUGCAACAACCCAAUGAGGCCAAGGCUGUCAUUGUCCCCGACUUCCAGGGUUGCUGGAGAGCCAGAGGCUGGCGGGGACUAUGUGAAGUUCUCCAAGGAGAAGUACAUCUUGGACUCCUCCCCUGAGAAGCUACACAAGGAGUUGGAGGAGGAACUCAAACUCAGCAGCACAGAUCUCCGCAGUCAUGCCUGGUAUCACGGCCGCAUCCCCCGUGAGGUAUCAGAGACCCUGGUGCAGCGCAACGGUGACUUCCUCAUCCGGGACUCUCUCACCAGCCUGGGUGACUAUGUGCUCACGUGCCGCUGGCGCAACCAGGCCCUGCACUUCAAGAUCAACAAGGUGGUGGUGAAGGCCGGGGAGAGCUACACCCACAUCCAGUACCUGUUCGAGCAGGAGAGCUUCGACCAUGUGCCCGCCCUCGUGCGGUACCACGUGGGCAGCCGCAAGGCCGUGUCGGAGCAGAGCGGUGCCAUCAUCUACUGUCCUGUGAACCGCACCUUCCCGCUGCGCUACCUGGAGGCCUGUUAUGGCCUGGGCCAGGGCAGUGGCAAGGCGGCCAGCCCCGCCAGCCCCUCGGGCCCCAAAGGCAGCCACAUGAAGCGGCGCAGCGUCACCAUGACCGAUGGGCUCACUGCCGACAAGGUCACCCGCAGCGAUGGCUGCCCCACCAGCACCUCACUGCCCCACCCCCGGGAAUCUAUCCGCAACUGUGCCCUCAGCAUGGACCAGAUCCCGGACCUGCACUCGCCCAUGUCACCCAUCUCCGAGAGUCCCAGCUCCCCCGCCUACAGUACUGUGACCCGUGUCCACGCCACCCCUGCAGCUCCAUCAGCCACAGUGCUGCCUGCCUCCCCAGUUACCCGCCGCUCCAGUGAACCCCAGCUGUGUCCCGGAAGUGCCCCGAAGCCCCCUGGGGAGUCAGACAAGGGCCCUUAUGCCAGCCCCUCCCACACUCUCUCCAAGGCCUCCCCAUCCCCAUCACUCAGCAGCUACAGUGACCCGGACUCUGGCCAUUACUGCCAGCUGCAGCCUCCUGUCCGUGGCAGUCGAGAGUGGGCAGCAGCUGAGGCCUCCAGCCGGCAGGCCAGGAGCUAUGGGGAGAGACUAAAGGAACUGUCAGAGAAUGGGGCACCCGAAGGGGACUGGGGCAGAGCCUUCAUAGCCCCUGUUGUGGAAGCCACCUCCUCCUUCAACCCCGCCACCUUCCAGUCACUACUGAUCCCCAAGGAUAACCGGCCACUGGAGGUGGGCCUCCUGCGCAAGGUCAAGGAGCUGCUAGCAGAGGUGGAUGCCCGGACGCUGGCCCGGCACGUCACCAAGGUUGACUGCCUGGUUGCUAGGAUACUGGGCGUUACCAAGGAGAUGCAGACCCUAAUGGGAGUCCGCUGGGGCAUGGAGCUGCUCACCCUCCCCCAUGGCCGGCAGCUACGACUAGACCUGCUGGAAAGGUUCCACACCAUGUCCAUCAUGCUGGCCGUGGACAUCCUGGGCUGCACGGGCUCGGCGGAGGAGCGGGCAGUGCUUCUGCACAAGACCAUCCAGCUGGCGGCUGAACUUCGAGGGACCAUGGGCAACAUGUUCAGCUUCGCUGCGGUCAUGGGCGCCCUCGAUAUGGCUCAGAUUGCCCGGCUGGAGCAGACAUGGGUGACCCUUCGGCAGCGACACACAGAAGGUGCCAUCCUCUACGAGAAAAAGCUCAAGCCAUUUCUCAAGAGCCUCAACGAGGGCAAAGAAGGCCCGCCGCUGAGCAAUACCACGUUUCCGCAUGUGCUGCCGCUUAUCACUCUCCUUGAGUGUGACUCGGCCCCAGCAGAGGGCCCCGAGCCCUGGGGCAGCACAGAGCACGGCGUGGAGGUGGUGCUGGCCCACCUGGAGGCUGCCCGCACCGUGGCCCACCACGGAGGCCUGUAUCACACCAACGCGGAGGUCAAGCUGCAGGGGUUCCAGGCCCGGCCAGAGCUCUUGGAGGUGUUCAGCACUGAGUUCCAGAUGCGCCUCCUCUGGGGCAGCCAGGGCGCCAGCAGCAACCAGGCCCGGCGCUAUGAGAAGUUCGACAAGGUCCUCACUGCCCUGUCCCACAAACUGGAACCUGCCGUCCGCUCCAGUGAGCUGUGACCCCUGCACACCCCUCCCCUCUGCAGCUGCAGGCAGCAACAGGGACAGAGGGGCACAGACCUCUCCCCGGAGCACCCCAGAGACACUGUGAUCAGCCCAAGAAUGUUCUGGGCCCAAACCAGGAUCUCCUUGCCCCUCCAGGGUCCUGCAGGACCCCAGGGCUCCAUCCCACCUGCUGCGUGCCCACCAAGUAUCCUUUCAGGAAGAACCGGAACCCUGUUCCUCCCUCCAGCUUCUGCUUCUCUCCUUCCUGCUGAGGUGCCCUGUGUUCGAGCCAUGGGAGGGUCCUCAUGCCUCCCAACUCUUCUCUGGGCAUCUGCCCACGAUGGACACCAAGGCCUCCACCCCGUUGUAAAUCUGUCUGUUCUGUAAAUAGAUGUACAGAAGCCAUGUUCUUUCUUUCAUAUAAUAAACUUUUAUGACUCUUU